AUGCCUUUCUGGACACAUCUCAUUCGGUUCAUUGCCGUGGAGGACAGUCUGGUCCACCUCGGGCAGUUAGUCGAUACCUCUCGCGAUAUCGGCAAGGAUAGUACAAAUGGAGUUCAAAUUGCAGCAUAUGUGAUUCAGGGAACCAUCUAUGAUGGUCGUGUUACCGGAGAAAUCAUGCACGUUAAGCAGUUACUUUCGCCGGUUGCUCGGGAAGAAUGCAACUAUAUUCGUUGUCUCGGGCUGAACUAUAUGGAUCACGCACAGGAAGCGAAUAUGGCACUACCUAAAGCACCCAUUCUUUUCACCAAACCUCGAAGUGCACUGAUAGGACCAUACCCCGCGGCAAUCAACAUUCCCAAGUGUGCCCAGGAUGAGACAAGCGAUUAUGAAGCAGAGCUGUGCCUGGUUAUUGGGAAAACAGGCCGCGAUAUUCCUGAGGAGGACGCGCUUGACUAUGUUUUGGGAUACACUGCAUCCAACGACGUAUCUGCUCGUACCAUGCAAAUGAUUACCACUCAGUGGUCCUUCUCUAAGGGACUUGAUGGAAGCUGCCCUAUUGGACCUGUCCUUGUUGCUCCCUCUGUGAUUCAAGAUCCCCAGGGCCUGUCUAUUAAGGCAAUUCAUAACGGAAAUACUGUUCAAGACGGACACACGAAGGAUAUGAUAUUCUCGAUAAAGAAGCAGAUCUCUUAUCUGUCUCAAGGCACAACCCUGGAGGCAGGUACUAUUUUCCUGACCGGCACACCAGCUGGUAUUGGUUAUUUCCGGGAUCCUAGAGUCGUCCUCAGAGAUGGCGAUGAGAUCUCGGUCCAGAUAGAGCAGAUCGGAACUUUGGUCAAUCGAGUGCGCUACGAGAGUCACUGA